AAUGGCAUCCAGGGCUCCGUUUACGUCGAUGGUCAGCGUGUGUGUGAGAGUGUGCAAAGUAACUGGGAAAAUACAGAAUCGAAAGGGAUCUCUCACUUCUACAUUGGAGGGGAUGGAGGCAAUGCAGAGAACACAGGGGGUGACGAAGGUGUAUCUGUGAGUGUGACGAACGUCCUGCUGUACAACCGCCCGUUGAGCUCCGAAGAGAUUGCAGGGCUUGCCAAAAAUAAAAUUAAUAUUCCAAAGCCAGUGGCUGCGCGUACUCCUUCACCUGCUGUGUCUCGCCCGAAGCGCUCUUCUGAAUCCUUGGCGGGAGGAGCAACGGGUGUCGGUACCGCUCGUCACUUUGCGGCAAAUGGUGAUGGCAGCACUGUUUGCGGAAGCGGACUGCUGCCGCUGCUCCUUCUGUUGGGACUGUGGGGAUUUGCGGCUCUGUGA